AUGAUAGGCCGACAGAUUGACAGCCACGCGGCCUGUGUGCUUGUGAGCUACGAAUACAACUACGGCAUGUCGGGUGUUGUCAAAAACGCCUUCGACUUUGCCUUUGGUCCAUGGAAAGAAAGGCCAAUCGCCAUUGUCACAUACGGCCUUGACGGCGGCAAGACUUUGUCGGAACAAUUCAAUGAUACACUCGGCAAGAUGAGCCUGAAGGUUUCUUCAACCCCACCCCAAUUCGCCUUCGUGGGUGGUCUCACGGGUGCUGAUACCGGGCCAGCCACAUUGACUGGGAAACUCGUCAAGGAGUCGCUGGACAGGUGCACUGACAAGGCGGCUGAAGAUGUUAUGAAGGCAAUUAAGGAUGUUGUCGCAAAAGCUCUGUCACUACCAACCGGAACUAAAGCGUAA